AUGGGAAAGAGCAACGAAGAUUCUAAUGAUAGUAAGACAUUCAGCGACCUUACACCACUCGCGGAGAUAUUUAGAUCGAAGAUUAUUGAAGACUUCCAUCUUCUCGAGAGCUUUGAUGACCAUGGUCACUCAGAAGCACCGAAAUUCUACUCAAAGGAUUUUGCUGAUAAGGAAACACUGAAUAAGAUGAUGUUGAAUAAUCCACAUGGACUGGUCAAGUUCCAGGCCUAUACUCGCAAGGACAAGGCGGAGAAUGUUUGUAGGAUUGACAGAAGAAAGAACCGUGUCCGAAACAAAAACUCAAAGAAUCCUCCUCUAGAAAUGUGGGCUCAUUACGUGCUUGAAACAUCUUUUUUUCAGAACUUCAUGUUGAUUCUUAUCCUGUCAAAUUCUCUUUCUCUUGGAUUACAAUCAGAGGUAACGGAUAGAACUGAUCCCGGUCUUGUUGGGAUCCGUCGAUUUCUGGAGAUCUUUGAUUACUGUGCACUCUUUCUCUUCAUGGUUGAAAUCCUUCUCAAAUGGUUGGAUAACUUCCCAUUGUUCUGGAAGAACGGAUGGAAUAUAUUCGAUUUCGUUGUCACAGUUGCUUCUUUCAUACCAGAGAUCAUCGCCUCAGCAGCAGGGGACCUGAAGGAUCUGAAGGUCAUAGUCAGUAAUGUAAGAGUUUUCCGGAUUUUCAGGGCUCUCAAGAUGGUAUCCAGAUUCAGACAAGCUCGUCUCAUCGCCCUGGCAAUCACCAAAGCAUUCAAUGCGAUGUCGUUCAUCCUCGUCCUCUUCCUCCUCUUCCUCUAUAUCUUCGCCAUCACUGGUAUCAUUUUCUUCGAUAGUUACUCGAGAUCAAUGAGAGAUGACCUCGCCUAUCAAUAUAGCUUCGAUAAUUUAGGUAACGCGAUGAUCACCCUCUUCCAAUUGUUUACCUUGGAUCAAUGGUAUAAGAUCUUGAAGGAUAUGUGGAAAGUGAUGGGGAGUGUUGCUCCUACAUUCUAUAUCAUGCUAUGGAUCUGCAUCGGCUCAUUCAUCUUCAGAAACAUCUUUGUCGGGAUUAUGGUGAACAACUUUCAGAACAUUCGUAAUGAGUUGUUCGUUGAAGUGAAAGAACAUGAGGUAAUGGUUCAGAUGCAGCUAGAUGCUGAGAAGUUCAACGAGGAGCUUGAAAGACAAGACCAAGAACUCAACGCAGGAAGAUUACUUAACCUUUUAAACUUGCUUUUUGUUCUAUCCCAUGUUGACCAUACAUACAGGCGUGCUUCUAGUACGAGAGGACUCGAGGUCGAGUCGGUAAUGGAAACCAUUCAAGAAGAGCCAUCAAGUGACGACGAGGAAACAACGACCGAGAAAAGAAGCAAGGAAACGGAAGAGAAGGCAAAAGAAGCUGAAGAGACUAAGAAAGGACAAGAAAGCAAAGUCGGGCCGCCUUGGAAAUCUGGACUUCUUGAAAAACAAAGAGAUCGUAAAAGCCACAAGAGUGUAGCAAGCUCCGAUGCCCUCUUCCGCCGUGUAAGCCGAAUGAUGGGUGAAACCACCAAGAAAUCUGGAGAUUGGGAGAAGAUGGUUCAUGAUAAUCUUGAGCUGCUAAUGAACUCCCCGACUGAGACCAUCUGGCCUCGUGAUACUCUCUUCAAGUAUUUUCAGCUCAUGGAAGCUUUACAGGAAAACCUACAGGAGCGUCAGGAUCUACAGAACUUGACAUAUCACGCUCUCACCAACAUCUUUGACUCGUGAAUGCGACACUCGGGAGAGUUCCCGGGAGAGUCUUUUUGAAGAGGAACGAAAUGUUUGAAUGCCACUUCACGGAUGUUCAUCAAAGGAGCCGAAAUUGUGACGCUGCAGUCACAUCAAGAAUACCAAUUCCAAUCCGAUCGAUAAUAAGUCAUUGGAAAUAAACAUUAUAUGUUUGAUCGGCUGGAAUCGGUUUCGUUGGUGUAACUACCACAGUAGUUGGUUCAUUGAAACAUCCAUCGUCCCCCAAAGGCAUCAGAAACAUUUUAACCAGGGAUAUGUUGCAUAUCCGUGUUUUAACCGUUCAAGAGCACCCUGCGUAUAUAGUCCAGAUUAUUUUUAUCUCGUUGAUAAAGUUUAUGCUGAUUUUUUUUUAACUUGAAAAUAUAGGACUAGUACUUAAUCGUUAUUGCCAUUCAGCCGCAGUUUGAAUUUUCACAUGUUUAAAUGAAAAACGUAUAAUUAUUACUGCUAUUGGAGUUGAGAAAAUGUUUGUCUCGAUAAUGUCAAUAAUGGAGGUUUGCCUACAUCUGAAAGUAGCUCUUUAUCUGAAAAAGUAGUUCGAUGAAAUGGGUUUAAUUUCCUAUCAUUUUACUUUUAUUUCAUUCUCCGUCUACGUGUUUGUAUUUACAAAGAUAGCAAAGAUGCAUCUCCGACUUCCGCUCAUACUGCAACUAAUAUGGCGGCCAUAACUAAGGGGGGGGGGUCUAAAGAAGAAUAAAUCAUUUUCAAUGAGCCAGGAGCGUUGCUAUGUCAAUGCAUACAUGAUAUUUUAUUAGGUUUUACUUGGAGACCCCCCCCCACCCCCAAGUUAGAUAUUACCAUGAAAAAAAAACAGCAUCAGAACCGAAUGGAUUUUUGUUUAAUUAUUCAUCCAUCUCCUUCUCUUAACAUUUUCUUUUCUUUUUCAGUAUAUAAUGAAUCGAUCUAUAUUCCAUUUUGUUCUUCAUUAUCAAUAACAAAAACAUGGGAAUGUGCUCUGCUCAUUGAGGACUGAGAUUAUUCGUUUAACUUAUGUUUAAAUUAGGAUAACAAGCUUGGCCCUCCCAAAUUUAAUUCAAUCUGUAACUCAGUAUUGACACGAUCAUACAAAGACGAACUAUUCACUUAUUUCAACACUUUUAUAAGUAUACUGAUCACUUUUGACUGACAAAACGCAUUGAAAUAUUCUUCAGGUUUGUUACGUUAUUGUAUACUACAUUUUAGUUAUCGUGUUGAUUAUAUGUAAAUCAAUGUAGGAUUAUAUGAAUUAAAUUGAAAUCUAGCUUGAAUUG